AUGGCAGACGUCUAUGACGAGAUGCUUGCUAUCCUGCAGGACCUAUUCAGCGAUAGAAUCUCUAUCCAAGAAGCCGUGAAGGAUCUCGCUUCGAUUACCUUAUCAGUGGACCCUCCUCAAUACGGUCUUUAUAAUCUUUGGAGUGUGAUAGUAACAUGUGCCUGCGAGUCCUCUGAAUACCAUGACAAGAUUGUCGAGAUCCUAGUCCAACUCUCCAAGCUGCCCAGUGAGGAUACACUCAUUGUUUACGAUAUGCAAAUUUGGAAAGACCUCCCGAUGCUAGGCUAG